AUCAAUCACAGUUCCAAUUGAUUGUCUUGGGAGGGUUAAUGACAAUAGUAGAUUAUGAGUCAUUAUCCAAAGGAUAAAGUUAGGGAUGGAGCUAACGACGGCAAAUAUGAUUAUCUGUAAUACUUUUCUUGCGAUUAUUGAAAGGAUGAUAGUAUUUAAGCUUAUAUCAUCUACUUACAUCACCAUCAAUCAGCAUAAUCAUUUCCCUUAAUUUCUCAUGAUAACAUUUUCUAAGGAAAAUAAGAGAUUUAUAAAGUGGAUGCUCCUUUUCCUAUGCUAUUAUUUACGGAUAACAGAGCUGUGGAUUUUUGGCAGGUAUUUUGAGAUAGUACUACUUGGAUCGGAUAGAAGAAUGUUUUCCGACUCUAAUACAUGCCAUGCCUGAUGACCUCCUUGGCAUUCUAGAAGUAGAUGCCAUGGUGCAGAUAGUUCCCAGAUUAUAGUUUGUAUUUUUUAUUAUUUGAGAAAUUAUAUUUAUCAUACCAAAUUCCAAAAGCGAAACGUACUUACGUGAGUGAAGAAUCUCUUGAAGAAUCUUUCUUGGGCAUUUAAUGUGAUAGGGGUUGUGAUGGAGGCAAAGGCAAAUGGGAAAGCUUCAAAAAGUGGAGAAAUAAGCAUGACUCUGACACAGAACAACAACAAACCAAGUCCAGCUGAUGCUGGAACUGAAGUGGUGAUUUCAAUAUCCGGCGAUGUUUCAAAAGCUAGCAAUAUUAGUGUGGAUUCGGCUCAGAACUUGUCGGCCUCGGAGGUGCCAAUGAGCUGCUGUCCUUCUCCGGAGAUUGCUGGCUUCAGUUCUAGUAGCCCCAACAAGCCUCCCAAAAUCCCCACCGCUCAAACUCUGGCACGACGAAAAUCACUCUCAAGGUCAGUUUCGGUGCUCUCUAAACCCAAGUCAAGAUUUGGGGAGCAAUCUGUACCUCUUGAUAGCAUUCUGGCUGAAGAAAUUAUGAACUCAUCAAUGCAUGAAAGAACUGAGCAAAACCCAUUUUUGCUCAAUUCAAACUUAUCUUACCAGUCAUCACCCAUUAACAAAAUGGCAACUCCAAGGACACCUUUGAUGGCGUCCCCGGGGGAAGGCGUGGGAGGAGAGGAUGAGAAUGAGCAGAUCUAUAAGAAAGUGAGUAGUCAACGUAAAUUGAAGCAUAAGAGAGUGAAAAUGAAGGUUCUGAUUGAAUGGAUUGUGUUUUUUUGCAUCUUGGGGAAUUUCAUAGCUAGUCUUACUGUCCACAAGUUGCAACAAUACAUGAUUUGGGGUUUGGAGGUUUGGAAAUGGUCUCUCCUUGUAUUGGUGACCUUUUCUGGCAUGUUGGUUACCAAAUGGUCUAUCCGUUUUGUUGUUUUCUUGAUUGAAAGAAACUUUUUGUUCAGAAAGAAUGUGUUGUACUUCGUUCAUGGUUUGAAGAAGAGUGUUCAGGUCUGUAUCUGGUUGGGUCUGGUUCUUCUUACUUGGGUUUUGUUGUUCAACCAUGGUGCGGAACGAUCACCCAAGACCACUAGGAUUUUGGACCGUGUCACUUGGACUAUUGCUUCUUUGCUCAUUGGGUCAUUCUUGUGGCUCUUAAAGACAACGCUACUAAAGAUUUUGGCAUCAUCUUUCCAUCUCAAUAGAUUCUUCGACAGGAUUCAAGAAUCAAUCUUGCAUCAAUACAUUCUCCAAACCCUUUCAGGGCUUCCAGUUAUGGAGUCAGCCCAAAUGAUUAGGAGAGCGAGCAGCACUAGUCAUUUGAGUUUCCAAUUAAAACAGAAAGGAAAGGAAGGGAAAAAAAAAGAGGUGAUUGAUAUAAAUAAGCUUUAUAGGAUGAAGCAAGAAAAAGUUUCUGCUUGGACCAUGAAGGUGUUGGUUGAUGUGAUAUCGAGCUCAGGGCUAUCCACCAUUUCUAAUGCAAUUGAUGAAGAUUUUUAUGAUGGGCGAGAUGAACAGAUGGAUAAGGAGAUUACCAAUGAGAUGGAAGCAAUUGCUGCUGCCUAUCAUAUUUUCUACAAUGUUGCUCACACUGAUGGCAUGUACAUCUAUGAAGAAGACCUGAGUCGAUUCAUGAUUAAGGAAGAGGUGGAUCUUGUGUUUUCACUGGUUGAACCAUUAGAGACCAGAUUAAUUGACAAAAAAGCUUUCAUGGAGUGGGUGGUGAAAGUUUACAAAGGCCGGAAAACUCUUUCACAUGCUUUAAAUGAUACCAAAUCAGCUGUGAAGCAAUUGAACAAACUUAUAACGGGGAUCCUUCUUGUGGUUAUGAUCAUUGUGUGGCUUCUUUUAGUGGAAAUUGCAACAACCAAAAUACUUUUUUUCCUCUCAUCACAGCUUGUGGUGGCAGCUUUUGUGUUUGGAAACACUUGCAAAACAAUAUUUGAAGCUCUCAUAUUUGUAUUUGUGAUGCAUCCAUAUGAUGUAGGUGAUCGUUGUGUCAUAGAUGGUGUUCAGAUGAUAGUUGAAGAGAUGAAUAUCUUAACGACUGUCUUCUUAAGAUAUGAUGCUGAAAAGAUAUACUAUCCGAAUUCAGUUUUAGCUACCAAACCCAUCAGCAAUUUCUACCGAAGCCCAAACAUGGGUGAUUCUUUGGAGUUCUGUGUUGAUUUCACAACACCGGUGGAGAAGAUUGGGGCCCUAAAAGGCAAAAUAAAGAACUAUUUGGUGAAUAAUUCCCAGCACUGGCAUCCAAACCACAGUGUGGUGAUGAAGGAAAUUGAGGAUGUGAACAAGAUAAAGAUGGUUCUGUAUUUUAAUCAUACCAUGAACUUUCAAGAGUAUAUAGAGAAGCUGAGACGGAGAUCUGAACUGGCUAUAGAGAUGAAGAGAAUAUUUGAAGAGUUGGGUAUCAAAUAUAAUCUACUCCCCCAAGAAGUUCAUCUUAUUCAAUCUGACUACGACUAGUGUUGCUGGGACCACCGCCACCGUGUGGCUCCAUCAGAGAGACUUCAUGGAGUCUCAUUUGCUAAGUGUGUAUGUAUGUAUGUACGUAAAUGUGUUCUUUCUUUUUAUCAAUAUCUGCGUGAAAUAUUUGCUGUGUAAGUAAUGUAAUGCAUUGUAGGCUAAACUAAAGUGACUUUAUUUGAAUGUGACUUCACUUUCUUGAAAAAA